AUGUGGAUCGGACCCAAACACUCCCUUGGCCUACAACAUUCUUUGUACUUUCUAUUUACUAGUGCUUUCAGUUGCUCCAAAUGGGUUCGAAAUGGAUUCUGCAACAGCACGUUCUACUCAAACGCAUACAAAAUGCAGUAUUGCGGACGUGCCUGCGGGCUGUGCUGA